AAUCCCUCCCCCAGCUCCAGCUUCUCUCCCAGCCUUUCCAGCCUCAGUCUCGCUGCACCCCAGCUCUAGCUUAGCACCCCAAAUACCACCAGCUCCGCCCCCGCACCCCACAUUCUAUCCCCCAGCUCUGCAUCUCACAUUCUACUCCCAACCUCAGCCUUGCACCCUAAAUUUCUCUCUCAGCUCCACCUCUGCACCCCAGUUUUCCUCUUGCCACAUCCUCAAGCCUCCACGAAGCUGGGGGGCCCCUUCUCUCACCCGUCCAUCAACAGGAUGUACCCCCAGGGAAGGCACCCGAGCCCGCUGCAAUCGGGCCAGCCUUUCAAGUUCUCAGUCCUGGAAAUCUGUGACAGGAUCAAAGAGGAAUUCCAGUUUCUCCAAGCUCAAUACCACAGCCUCAAGCUGGAGUGUGAGAAGCUGGCCAGCGAGAAGACAGAAAUGCAGAGGCACUACGUGAUGUACUACGAGAUGUCCUACGGACUCAACAUUGAGAUGCACAAACAGGCUGAGAUCGUGAAGCGCCUCAGCGCGAUCUGUGCCCAGAUGGUCCCGUUCCUCACUCAAGAACACCAGCAGCAGGUCCUCCAGGCUGUGGACAGAGCCAAGCAGGUGACCGUGGGGGAACUGAACAGCCUCCUGGGGAGUGCCUCCCCCUCCCCUCCUGAGAGUCUAGCGGAAGAGGAGCAUCCUAGCAGCCGAGGUGGCAAUGGGAAACCGCAGAGAGCAGAAGACAAGGACCUGUCAGGGCCUUAUGAAAGUGACGAAGACAAAAGUGAUUUUAAUCUGGUAGUGGAUGAGGACCAACCCUCUGAGCCCCCCAGUCCUGUGACCACCCCCUGUGGAAAGGCACCUCUCUGCAUCCCUGCCCGAAGGGACCUCACCGACAGUCCAGCCUCCUUGGCCUCCAGUUUGGGCUCACCGCUCCCCAGAAGCAAAGACUUAGCCCUGAGUGAUCUUCCCGCGGGCACUCCUGCCUCCAGGUCAGGUGGCCCCUCUCCACCUCAGGACUCGUCCACCCCGGGGCCCAGCUCGUCCAGUCACCUCUGCCAGGUGGCAGCCCAGGCAGCACCAUCCACAGACAGUGUUGCCCUGAGGAGUCCCCUGACCCUGUCCAGCCCUUUCUCCUCGUCCUUCAGCCUGGGCUCCCACAGCACCCUCAACGGGGACCUCUCCAUGCCCGGCUCCUAUGUCAGCCUCCACCUGUCCCCCCAGGUCAGCAACUCUGUCGUGUACGGCCGCUCACCCCUGAUGGCCUUUGAGUCACACCCGCAUCUCCGAGGCUCGUCCAUCUCUUUGCCUGGCAUCCCCGGAGCUAAGCCCGCUUAUUCCUUCCACGUGUCUGCGGACGGCCAGAUGCAGCCGGUGCCCUUCCCGUCUGAUGCGCUGGUGGGCACAGGCAUCCCUCGCCACGCGCGGCAGCUGCACACGCUGGCCCACGGUGAGGUGGUGUGUGCGGUCACGAUCAGCGGCUCCACACAGCACGUGUACACAGGAGGCAAAGGCUGCGUAAAGGUGUGGGACGUGGGCCAGCCAGGCAGCAAGACACCUGUGGCACAGCUGGAUUGCCUGAACCGGGACAACUACAUCCGCUCCUGUAAGCUGCUACCUGACGGGCAGAGCCUGAUCGUAGGAGGCGAGGCCAGCACCCUGUCCAUUUGGGAUCUGGCAGCACCCACACCGCGCAUCAAGGCCGAGCUGACCUCAUCCGCCCCGGCCUGCUACGCACUGGCUGUCAGCCCCGAUGCCAAGGUCUGUUUCUCCUGCUGCAGCGACGGCAACAUCGUGGUCUGGGACCUGCAGAACCAGGCCAUGGUCAGACAGUUCCAGGGCCACACGGAUGGGGCCAGCUGCAUCGAUAUAUCGGACUAUGGGACCAGGCUGUGGACUGGGGGCCUGGACAACACGGUUCGCUGCUGGGACCUGCGCGAGGGCCGCCAGCUUCAGCAACAUGACUUCAGCUCCCAGAUUUUCUCGCUGGGCCACUGUCCCAACCAGGACUGGCUGGCCGUGGGGAUGGAGAGCAGUCACGUGGAGGUCUUGCACGUGCGCAAGCCCGAGAAGUACCAGCUGCGCUUGCACGAGAGCUGCGUGUUGUCGCUCAAGUUCGCGUCCUGUGGACGCUGGUUUGUGAGCACAGGCAAGGACAACUUGCUCAAUGCCUGGAGGACACCCUACGGGGCCAGCAUUUUCCAGUCCAAAGAGUGCUCUUCUGUGUUGAGCUGCGACAUUUCCAGGAACAAUAAAUACAUCGUGACAGGCUCAGGGGACAAGAAGGCCACUGUGUAUGAGGUGGUGUACUGAGCCCAUCUGCCUGCACCUCCAGAUCAUACGCCCUGGAUGGCCACAUAGACGCAGUUCCUUCUGGGUACACCCCGGCUUGCCCCCUCCCUCCCAGCCUGGGGGCCUGGGGAAAUACAACAUUUAUCAACUCACUUUCCUUUUGUGUGUGCAUCCAGCGUGCAGAAGCAAGGGGGCCCAGGUGGGUGUCAGCCUCUGUUGCUCUCUCACCCUGCUUUUCACACAGGGUUUGGACCUCACUCACCAGGCAGGUGGGUCAGCAAGCCCCUGGUCUCCUCCUG